CCGCGAGUCGAGUGCAUGCGCAGAUCGUGUGCGACUGUUAAAUAGCGGCUGAGAUUGAAGCGAGAGAAAGUUGUUCUCCAACUGCAUCUCAUUUAGAUCUUUGAAAGUAUGAGCAAUUUCUUGAAAAGCUUUGCAUACGAAGGAAUCCUUCAUUAUUUUGGCACAGAAUAACAAGUGCAAGAACCCAGCCUGUGAAGCUUCGAGCAUCAUCAAACAAGUCUUUGGACGAGAUUUUGUGGAUUGAAGACUGGCAUACAAAGGGUAGAGUUUCUCACACAUCAGCAUAGAGGGCUCCCUUGGUGCAGCACACAUCGAAUUAAAUGACUGCAUUUUGUAAUAAAUUCAUUGUCAGCUUCCUGUGCUGUACAUGAGCUGGCCAGUGCUUAUCGUCACUGCACAUGCAACAGGAACUCCAGCACCUUCCUUAACGAUACAACUGCUGAACAGGACAACGUCACUUUACACAGUCGACCACACUAUAUAUAAGGAUAAGUCUGCUUUCUCGUAUGAGAUUCAGGACUAUUUGCCUGUGAUGAUGUUGUGCAAAUUAGGCUGGGCACCAUUCCAGAUGUUGGUUAUUGUGCAGUUUUGGUUUUGCACAGUACUGUUCAACUACCACCCUGAACCCAUAGCAAAUUGUUGACUUUAGAAAUUUAAAGGCUGAAGAGACUCCUUUUCCCGGCCAUUUCAAAAGCACAUGGUUUUAAAACUUACCCAGAAUCCUGAGAAGAAGUGACAGCUAUUACCAUAGGAACCUGUGAAAAACAAUGGAUGGGGACCAGCAUUGUCGAACUGAGGCGAAGCAAAAGGUGUUGAACAUUCCUGGCAUUGGAAAUUGUGCUCCUGGGACUCUGCAAGAACAACAUAGUUCCAGAAACGGUUUGCUGGGUAUGUGUUUACGUCCACAUGUGGCUGAUGAUGUUCGUAAUGGGAAUGAAGUGCUUAAAUCUAUGCCUAUUUCUGCAUUGAAGAAAAAUGGCCUUUUACAGUCUCUUACAGCUGGAGUUGAUGAAAAAAAGCAUGAAGUGGAGGUGACUUUGGAGGUGCUGCAGGCAGAAGCAGAGUGGGAGGCUUUGGAAACAGUUCACAGAGGUCCAAAUGACUUUACUGGAAGCACCCCACUCAUCUCCUUUAAUGAAGCACUUCAGCAUUUUCAAACGGCUGAUCUUUGUGAGUACAGGAAGAACAUCCAGACUACUGUGCGGAGGACAGGACUUUCUGCCAUCACUCAUUUUCUCUUUGGCCCUCCACGAUUGCACAAGGAGUUGCAGGAGGAGCGGGACUUGGUCUUUGCGAUUGGCCAGUGCUCCUUGGACAAUGAUCAGGAAGUUCAUAUUCGGGUUUUGCAGACAAUUUACAAGAAACUAACUGGGUCAAAGUUUGACUGUGCACGCUAUGGAUCACAUUGGGAACUAUUAGGGUUUCAAGGUGCAGAUCCAGGGACUGACCUACGUGGGACAGGAUUCCUUGGUCUGAUGCACACCUUGUACAUGGUGAUGGAUUUGCAGACUUUACCUUUGGCUCGUGAUAUUUACAAAUUGUCACAGCAUCCGAUACAAAAUUUCCCUUUCUGUCUAAUGUCCAUUAACAUCACCAGAAUCACAAUCCAAGCUUUGAGGGAAGAAUGUUUAUCCAAAGAAUGUAACCGAAGGCAGCAAGUGAUUGGAGUCCUCAAUGAUUUCUAUGUGGCUGCAUUCCUGCAUCUUUAUCAGAUAUGGAAAACACAGCACAAAACCAUCUCUGAUUCAGGAUUGGUUCUUAAAGGAGUUGAAAUGUUUGCCAAAAAAAACCCAAAACAGCUCCUGAAAAGGUUGGAAACCUACUUGAUGGAACGUCAGAAUGGAACAGUUUUGUCGGCAGACAAGGUGUCCUCAACUUCAAACCACACUCAGACUGGGAUGAGAUCAAAAUCAGCAUCUACCAUAAACACCAAAGAAAUGAAUUUUCUGGGUGUGUGUGAGCUGGAGCCAGAACCUGAGGGGGAGGUGCGGCUAAUCUAAAUCUGUUGUGAGAAAGAUAAUCAACGUCACCUUGUAGCAGGGAUGUGACACUUGAUUGUUUCACCGUUAUGGCAUGCAGUACACAAAACUGGACAUUAUAUGUUGCCGUAAACCCCACAGAACAAAAAUAGAACUCUUGCUUUCCUGACUAACAGUGGCUUGCAAAUGUGUAGGUGUUGUAGGCGUGUCAUACUCGCUCAAAAGAUAUUCAGCACGACUUGAACUUGAGUGCUGUUUCCAGAAAAUGCUAGAACACAGAUGCUUUCUGCUUCCUUUUGAACACAAUAGUGCCAGACUCUUGGCAGGAAUGCAGCCCCUACUCAGGAGAGGAGAAUGUCUUUGUUUCUUUCAAUAGAGGUGCCGCCUGUGCUCGACAUAGUUUGUACUGUACAUUUAAAGUAAUGCAAAUUAGCUUUAUUUCUGAGUUUGUGUUGUAAGUAACAAAGAGAGAGUUUAAAGAUUUGAUUCCACUCUUAUGUUACUGAUAUUAAGGCGAGGCAGUUAAAGGACUUGGGCUGAAUGAAGAAAUGUUCCUUUCAGGAUGGUUCUGUCUCUGCCUGACUUAAACUUAACCGUGAAAGCUGGUUGAUUUAUAUAUGAGAUAUAUAAAUUUAUCAAAACAUGAUUUUUGUUAGCACUACAUGAUUUGACAGUACCUAAUCCCAUUCUCUGUCACCCUUCUGCACAACCAGUUUUGUUCAUAAGCUAUAGGCCAUUUGAGCAAGCAAAAACCUGUUCCAACUUAGGAAAGUGUCAAAGUUCAUAAUAAACUACUGAAUAAAAGCAAAUUACUGCGGAUGCUGGAAUCUGAAACCAAAA